AGUUCUUGAGUUUUUGUUCGCAACGUCGUUUGGUUGUCGAGGGACGUCGUGUCGGUUUUUAUCGUCAGUAUUAUUAUGCGCGAUCGUUAUUCCGGUACGGUGCGACAGGAAAUAUGAUAAUCACCCAUAUGGUCUAGGCUGUUUGAUAAUAACAUGCUACUAAUAUAUGAUAAGCUGCGCAAGUCUGCAAGCUUUAAAGUGAGACUCGCCGGGCGAAUAAUCGUCGACGGAUCGUCGAGGGGUUUACGACAGCGAAAAAACGCAGGAGGUGACAUAUGUGUUAUCGUAGAGUAACCUAAGAUCUUUCUGCUUGGUCUUCGCGUUCGCGAGUGUUCCAUUUAUUUUUACAACGGUGUACAACGAGAAUCAGCUAACAUGAUUGGAAUAUAUCGCCUGGGAUUAUAUUUAUUAUUAUUUGAAAGCUGUAUCGGUGAUUAUGCCAGGUGGAACGUACAAUUGUUAUGUCCAGAUUUAUAUCAGCGAGUAUUUACAAGUUAUUUACCUCGUGGAAAUUUGACUGGCGGAACUUACACGAAACAAAUUCACUUGUCCAACUUGCAAGACUGUGCUAUGGCCUGUUGCAAGAAACCCUUGUGUAACGUAGCAUUUAUGUACAAUGGUACAUGCUAUCAUGUAGAAUGCGAGAACUCCAUGGUAUGUGUGCCAUUAUACAGACCUGAAUUGAUAAAUGAUAAUCCACCGAGUAUGGUAUUGGUCAGACCUGUAGAGAGUAACAAAGUAUGGAGUGAUAUAUUGGAUCAAAUCAAUGAAGACAAUGUUGGAACAUUGAGUACAGAUGGCACAGAGCAAGAUCAAGUACUGUUUAACGAAGCAAGCAGAAUCAAUAUUAUCAAUUGUAUAGAUCAUUCAGGUUGCCUAGAUAACGAAAUUUGCGUAAAACAUGGAGAUACCGAUGUUGGAACUUGUCAGUGUCCUUUAGGCUUCAAGCGGAAUAUUGCUGGUACUUGUCUAAUGAUAGAUGAGAUAGACACUGGUGAGCUCGGUGUAACACAACAAAUAAAAGUUCCAACUAUAAAAGAAACCAGCAUGUCAAUUAAACCGACUAUGAAGCAAUUAGUAGUCUCGGCAAUUUUACAACAUUAUAAUUACGUUUGGAGUUUGCUUAGUCAACCGGAGGGACACACUGGAACAAUGACAGAUCAAAAUCGUGGUACUGUUAAAUUAAGCAAUUUAUCAGAAGGCUUGUACACGUUUAAGGUAACUGUAAGCAGUUCAAAUGCUUAUGGAGAAGCUUAUGCCAAUGUCAGCGUUUUACCUCCGAAACGUAUCAAUCAAGCACCAAUUGCCAUAAUUACUCCUGCUUCGCAAAUUGUAAAACUACCAAAUACAGGCGCGGUCUUGGAUGGUUCGAGUAGUAAAGAUGAUGAUCGUGUUAUCUCUUAUCAUUGGGAACUGCAACAAGGUCCAAUUGGAUAUCAGCCUAACCUUGUGGAUACACCCACGCUUCAAUUAAAUAAUCUUAUUGCUGGCAAUUACACAUUCAAAUUAACAGUUGAAGAUUCAAAUCACGUUACAAAUUCGACAAGUGCCAAUAUAACUGUCUUAAAAGUGACCGACUAUCCCCCUAGUGCAAACGCAGGCCAAGAUGUUAUCAUUUAUCUACCUCAAAAUACAUUGACACUUAACGGUAAUUUAAGUACUGACGAUCGAGGAAUAGCCAGUUGGGAGUGGACCAAGAGUCCAUCUGAUCAGAAUAAAGCGGUGGAUAUGCAGAACACAAGAACACCUUACUUACAAUUAUCGAACUUGGAGGAAGGAAUGUAUACAUUUGUACUUAAAGUGACAGACGAUUCUGAACAAUCUUCCACAGCGGAAGUGCAUGUCUUUGUGAAACCUCCAACGAAUAAACCACCAAAAGCUGACGCUGGUGACGAUAUAAGUAUAGCAUUACCGACAACCCGCGCUGUUCUGAAUGGUACAAAAAGUAAGGAUGACAUAAAAAUUGUCUUGUAUCAUUGGGAGCAAGUAAGCGGGCCUAAUAACGCUGAAUUUGCUACAGUUAAUGGAUCCGUCACAAAUAUUACAAAACUAACUAAGGGUGAUUAUGUAUUUAAAUUGACUGUUGUUGAUGAUGAUGGAAACGCAGAUUCGGAUACGGUCAAUGUGAAGGUAACACAAAAUAAAAAUGCACCUCCGAAAGCGAACGCUGGUGGCGAUCAAGUUGUGACGGCACCGAUCAGCGCAUUAAUCAUCAAUGGCUCGCAGUCGAGCGAUGACUUAAGGAUAGGACAAUGGUUGUGGACCAGAGAUCAAUCUAGUCUUGCGAUUGGCACUAUAGUUCAAAAUACGGAUAAAUCACCAGUCUUAAUGCUAACAGAUAUAGUUCCUGGUCGUUAUGUCUUUCGAUUAAAAGUAAUGGAUGAUCAAGGUUUGAGCAGUGAAGACACCGUAUCAGUAAUUGUGAAACCCGAUCCGCAAUUGUUGUAUUUGGUAGAACUAACGCUAAACAUUGGGGCUAGCAUGUUAACUGUUUCACAAAAAAAUUCGUUGGUAGUAAAACUGCAAAUGUUAUUGCGAGACGAAGCUUUGAUUGUCGUGCGAAGUUUGAGAGCGGAACCACACACUGGAAAGGCCGUCUUAAUAUUUUACGUGGAAAAGAAGGGAGGAAAAACAAUAUUACCAAGUCCAGAAGUAGUCAAAAGACUAAAAGAAAAGUUACUACAAGAUUCUGGUCUCUUACAACUAUCGGUUGCUAAUAUAGAUACCGCUGUAUGCCAAAAUAAUUGUUCAGGUCAUGGUGUAUGCGAUCAAGAGACAAGGCAAUGCUUGUGCGAAGCAUUUUGGAUGCAGAAUUUAAUACAAAAGUAUUUUGGUAAUGGAGACUCUAAUUGCGAUUGGAGCAUUUUGUAUGUGAUAAUAGCAUUGCUAUCAUUAGUUAUAUGCUGGGUUGGAUUUAUUUGGGGUCUUGUUUGCUUGUGUCAGAGGAUAUGCGCUGGUAGAAGACGUUUGCUUCGGCCUAAGAAAAAACCACCACGUUAUUCUCUACUACAACCAGAACCAGAAGAUGAAAGCAGUGCAUUUUCAACUCAUAACAAGAUGGUAUUAUCAGAAUCUGACACCGAUUCUGAUGAUGUUUUGUUUGAACACCAUAAGAGUAAAAGCGGUAGCCAUAUAAGAAACGGUAAAUCUCGGAAUGGAUUUAUCAAAGUCGGUCCUCGAGUAAAGACAUGAGAAAUGCAACGAUAGUGAUACAAAGAUAAAUAGCACACAGUUGUGUCAGUUUGGCCAAUCUUUAAAUACUAGUCAUGAAGGUGUCAGUUGACAUAUGUACCUUAUGAAGAAUGGUCGCUUUCAGAAUCGGUAUUGAUAACAAUGUUCUAAGAAGGUAGAUAGACUAAGUAUUGUUUAUAGAUAUACAAUAUUAAUAAUAAUGUCACAUCACUUAAUUCGCCUUAAGUAUUAUUAAUCAAUUUUAUUCUAUACUUAUCAUGUGAUCCUAACUGCGUCAACGAUUACUGACGCGAUAAAAAGCAGCGUCACGUAAUCGUCAACCUAUUUGAGAGCUUGUCUAAGUAUUAUUAUAUGGCCUUAGAAAGUACUUCAAUUAAAAAAUCGAUAUGUAUAAUAAAUAUUG